CAAGGUUUGAUCAGUUCAUAUUGUUAUGUCCAUAUUACGCGUCUCUAACGGGUUUAGCGUCAUUUAUUUCUUGUCAGCAGCAGUUUGACAGCCGUUCUCAGUGUAGUCACAUGACCUUCUAUUGCUCUUCUCUUUGCUCAGCGGAACGUCCUCCUCCUUCCUCCACUUGUUCAGCUGUCAUACUACAACAUCCACAGGAUCUCUGUAUUAUAUUUUUUUCUGUGUGCAUUGGUUUCCAGCGUCUUCAUCUUUCAGUAGCUUGCCUCAUUUUCCGGCUCUUGUUUGGACACUGUGACCACACCGUUAGUGGUAUACAUGCGGAGUUGCCCCGCGCAGCUUGUGAGCUAUUAUCAAUCGCAAGUACAGUGCUUGAACGUGAGCAAUUCAUGAAGAUUCACGUCUUCCACAUAAAUCCGAAUCAUUUGUAUCUUGAACACCCAUCGCUGGGUUGAAUUUUCACAGCUCAAUUCGCUGUCAUGCAUCCAACACGUCUGUGUCGCCUGGGAGCUCUCCGGCCAAACCUGGCAAAACACACCGAGAAUCUGGUCUCAUAUCGCCCUUUCUCUGCCAGAGCUCAAGGGAAUGAUCAGACUCUUACCAGAGCGCAAAGGGGUGACCAGAAGACGCCAAGGAAAGUCCAGAAGAAAGCUUCCGCCAACUCUAAAAUCUUCAAGGUCUCAGAUGAGGUUCGAGAAGCUAUCGAAACUGGCAAGCCGGUCGUGGCACUAGAGACCACUAUUUACACCCAUGGCUUUCCCUAUCCUGACAAUGUAGCGCUGGCAACGCACCUAGAGUCCGUUGUGAGGCGUAAAGGAGGGAUACCAGCAACAAUCGGAGUUUUAAACGGAGUUGCCAGAGUUGGCCUCAGCGAGGAAGAGCUAACAGAACUUGUCAAUCCAUCGAGCAAGACGGAGCUCAUGAAAGUCUCCAGGAGAGACUUGCCCUACAUUGCGGGACUUGGACUAACAGGGAGGAAGAUAAACGGUGGCACUACAAUCGCAGGCACAAUGCUCCUUGCGGAACUAGCAAAUAUCUCCGUAUUUGGAACGGGAGGCCUUGGCGGAGUUCACCGUGGUGGAGAGAACACCAUGGAUGUAUCUGCAGACCUCCAAGAGCUCGGGCGAACAAACGUCACAGUUGUUAGCAGUGGCUGCAAGAGCUUCAUUGACAUUCCGCGCACCUUGGAGUAUCUGGAAACGCAAGGCGUCUGCGUAGCUACGUUUGCAGGAGGCCGGAAAGGUGACAUAGAUUUUCCAGCGUUUUGGACACGAGAAAGCGGCGUUCGGAGUCCAAUGGUUAUCCAAAAUGCGGAAGAAGCUGCCGCAAUCAUACACGCGUCGGAAUUGUUCCGCUCCAACGGCAUGCUGUUUGCAAACCCUAUCCCCAAAGAGUGGGCGCUGGAAAAAUCCAAAAUAGACGAGGCUAUCGAAGCUGCUGUUGCAGAGGCAGCCGAAAAGGGGUUCCACGGCCACAGAAAUACACCUUUUAUUCUGUCUCGCAUCAAGGAGCUUACUGAAGGAAAGAGUGUGCCAGCGAACAGAGCCUUGGUCGAGUCGAAUGUGGCUAUAGCUACCAGGGUUGCCGUUGAGCUUGCAAAGCUAAGAAAUGCCGAGUCGAACACAUUUGCAUUACACACUCCCGUCAUAUCUCCCAAUGAAUUUCGAUACACUAAAGAAGCCGCAUUGUAUGGGGUGGAAAUCGAAUCCCCAGAGACAACACUUAGAGCUCCGACGCCAGAGCCAGUCCAAGCGAGCCCCAAAGUUUCAAAGCCCGCUUCACCACAACAGAAGGUAGACAUACUUGUAGCUGGAGCUGUUGCUGUGGACGUAUCGUGCAACUACAAACCAUUCGACAAGGCCGCUGAUUCGCAACCCCUGAUACACACAUCUAACCCUGCUUCUAUAACAGAAACCACAGGAGGCGUGGGUUUCAACGUCGCCACAGCAGCUCAGUAUGCCAGCAAGACCAAUUCUGUGCAGCUAUGCAGCCUCAUAGCCACGGACACAGCAGGCCAACUCGCGCUCUCGACAAUGAAUGAGUUCGGCCUUAGAAGCGACGGAAUCACUACGCUCGCAGCAGAUGCAAACACGAAGACCGCAAGGUAUGUGGCAGUCAACACCACAGGAAACGACUUAUUCGUCGCUAUGGCGGAUAUGGAUAUCCUUGGUGGUGCACGCGAUGACUUCCAACUGCAAUGGCAAAGUAAGAUCGAUGCUGCGAAACCGAAGUGGGUUGUCGUCGAUGCAAACUGGCACCCGUCUGCAUUCAAGCAAUGGAUUACUGCGGCCAGCGCAGCAGGGGCCAAAGUGGCCUUCGAGCCUGUCUCAACAGCCAAGUCACAAGUUCUCUUCCCCGAACCAUCAACUGCAGGGUAAGUCACCUUUCAAUCUCUCUUGCCAGCCCUAUCUGCUCUGUGCCCCUUUUUCCUUACCCAACUAUCGUCCAUAAUCUAAC